AUGUCCAGAAUUGUUCUCCUUCUAGCGCAUACACGUAAACAAUUAAAUCAUAAUGAUAUAAAAUGUAAACAAGAAAAUCAAUAUAAUUUGUCAGAUAAUUUUCAACAAUCAUCCAAUCCUUUAUGGUUAGAAGAAGAUAAACUAUUGGAUUCAUCCAAUUUUAAUGAUAAUUUUCAAGCUGUAAAUGAUCUAAAUGAAUUGAAAUCUCAUAUCAAUCAUUCAAUACUGGAUGUUUCCAAUAAUGACAGAAAACAAAUAAGAAUCUCAGAGACUUUCUACCCAGUUAAUGUAAAUGGACUUCUUAUUUGGAAUUUGCAUAUUAACAAUAAAUCAAAUGAAAUUAUUAUAUGUCCUGAAACAUAUCAGAUAUGGUUGAAUAAUCAGAAGAUUAAAAAUAUCAAAGUAUAUUUAGAUUGUCAUAGACAAUCACAACAUGGGACAUUAUUACUUCAAUUUGAAAUGAACCUUCCAAAUGAUUCAACUAAUAACCAGCAUUCAUUUCAACAAAUUAUAAAAAGUUUUAAUUAUCAAUUUAUUAUUUCUGCAUUUUAUUCAUUUGAAUGUUCUGUGACACUAGAAGAUAAAGAACUUAUUUUAGAUCUAUUACAAUUGAAACAUAUGAAAUCAUUUAUGAAUAUGUCAAUGACCAAUUGGACAAUUCGUUAUAUUUAUUACAUUUAA